UUUUCAGUUUUUUAUUAAAAAAACUUGUAUACCCUAAAUAAUUCAAUUUUUGAUUUUUCUCUAACUAAAAUGAAUUCAAACCUAAUUAUUUCGAUUAUCUAUUUUUAAUUCAAAUUUAAAUCAAAUUUAAAUUUACACCAAAUCAUAUUUCUUAUUCGUUGUCGAUUACUCUCAUCAUCUGUGUAAGUGCGUUUGUAAGAAAGAAAGGUAUUAAUGGCGGACAAACCAAGCAGAGCUCUGGUGCUUUAUGGUUAUGGCUUAGCACCUCUAAUUACACCUUCUCAUCAUCAUAUUCACGCUGUUGCCUCCAAAGGUUCAUGCGGCUUCUUAGCCCUUGAUGAUUCCUCUCCUACUCCAGACAUAGAAGAUGAGAAGAUUAUAAGAGAACUGCAGCAGCUUCUGGAUGCAAAUGAAGCAUCCGAAUCUUCGAUGCAAGUUUCCACCAUGAAAGAAAGGUUCAUGGGAAUGAAAGCUGCUCUAGUCACUCAUAGUCCUACUGUCAAAUGCUUUGGGGAGAAACUUGGUUUCACUGUAUUGGAUAUUCAAUCUGCUGAUGUUGCUGCAGAUGAGUUGCUGAAACUGCUAGGAUUUCAAUAUGGGAAGGCAGUUGAUACUGAUUAUUUUGAUUUAGUCUUUGCACAUAUCGGUGCACAUGUGAAAGAAAGUUCGCAAAAUGAUCUCGACUAUGCAAACAUUGUGGUUGGGAAGAUAUUGGAAGUGGCCCAACCAGGGUCAGAAAUUGCAUCCCGUUUGCACUUAACGCUAAUUAUGAGUUAUGGAGCUGUUGUAGCGGACAAUCCAAAUCAAUCACUUUUUUCCUUGUAUGGUGGAAACAACACUAACCUCCAGUCGAUCUUCCCACGGCAAAGCUAUACCCUGAAAGGAGUAGUUCCAAGAAAUGGCAUUAGGCACCACUGCCCAAUUUUGAUAGCACAGUGGCAGGAUGCUGUAACUCGUAAGGAUAUGGCGCAAGAGUUUUCUUUCAGUGAAUUCAAAAAGAAUUGUGGAAACCUUGCAAUAGCAGCUGAUAGAUUUUUCUAUGAAAUAGCCUUUAAGUUAUGGAAGGCACCCAAGUAUGGAGCAUAAAAUGUGAGGUGGAGCUCAACUCAACUGCUUAUGAUACGAAACUCUCGAGCUAUACACCUUUAAUUUGCCUCUGCCUUUUGCCUUGUAUCGUUGUUUAACAACACCUUUAGAUAGACGGGAAGCUAGAAUCCUUUAAUUAACUAAAGGAUCGGUUGUAAUAACUGUAGGAGUUUUAAAUGAUUUUGUGUUUGAAUCGCACUCGAUUCAGUGACUGAAAUGUUGUAGAAGGUUCAAGUUUUCUUGCAUAUGUAAGACGACAAUCAAUGAAACAAAAUGAGAAAUUUAUGUGAA